AUGAGUGGACGAGGAGUUGCCUUUGAGGAUGAGGAUCGUGGUGUUGGUAUUGGUACAAAUUCUCUGUUGGAUAAUUAUUCUUCUUCAUCGAUGGGAGUCGGAAAUGAUGAUAAUCAAUUGAUGAAUGAACAACAACAACAACAACAGGAAAAUAAUUAUUCAAAUGUUGGCAAUAACGCGAAAAGUUUUCUAGGCUCUGAUGAAGAUGAUGAUGACGGAUUUUAUGAUAGUUUAUUCUAUGAAGAUAUUGAAUCAAGAUUGUGGGAGAAUGAUUCGUCCUAUCUGAUUGCUGUCUCUCCCAAGAUUUUCGAGAAUAGUCGAAUAAGAAUGAAAGUCAUCUUGGGAUAUAGAGUACAAUCUGUGGUUCAUGCUCUUCCGAGUCCAAACUCUAUGGAUGGCAGUGCAGUGGCUGGUCAUUUGCUUCCCUAUGAUAGAUAUAAUAGAAGGAGACUCUAUCAAUCCUACUAUAAUAGAGAUAGAAUUGAGAGGAUGAGUCCAGAGGAAUUUAAUCAACUUCCCGAAUAUCAACAAAGAAGGAUACUCAAGGAGAGAUUUCUCAAUAAGAGAAUGGAACAGAGAAGAGGAUUGAAGGAUUCACUUAGUGAGAAUAUGUAUGGUCCAUCAUCAUCGUCGAAUGGUAAUUAUUCAAAUUCAUCCCUGGGUAAUUUCAUGUAUUGGGCUACUAGGAAUUUGGAUCAAUUGGGAUGGAAAAGUUUAUUGGGUGUUGUUGCCUUUGUAUUUGGAUUGUAUAGGACUGUUUCACCUUGA